AUGUCAGCGGUGACCAAUCAGCCUCUUCCCUUCGGUCAACUGGAAAGAGAGAAGCACAUCCAGAUGAUCUUCAAAGCUUUCCAGAAACACUGCGGGCCUUCAUGUGAAUGCCACACUCACUCCACUGGGUCCAAACGCACCCAAACGCCUCCUGACUGUGAAUCUGAUGGGCAGCUGUCAGGUGUGGCUCCUGGGAGGAUGAUGAAAAACGGAUUCAUGCAGCAACCAGGGAAAGUCAGUCUGCCAGGGGUGGAGGAGCCUGGAGGUGCAACAGGAUCACACUUCCUGUCUGUGCUGGAAACAGUCAGUCAAAUACACAUCACUGCCAGACCAGAGCUGCAAGGUCCACAAUGUGUUCCAAGGAGGAUCUACAGCAUCAGCACAGGAGGUCACAGGUCACAGUUAUUUGUGGCUGUGGAAGAGAGUUCCUGUGUGUGCCUCCAGUGUUGCGGUCCAGCUCGGGCCUGUUCCCUGCGGGGGUUCGACUGUCAGGGCCGGCAGGUCUUUUAUUUUGAAAGGCCCCUCAGAGUGGACGCCUGCUGUCUCGGCUGCUGCCUGAUGGAGAUGAGGGCGUACACACCUCACAAACAACUCAUAGGCACUGUGUUUCAGAGGUGGAGCAUGUUCACCACUCUCCUGGAAGUGUGUGAUUCAGAAGGAGCAUCCACCAUCAGAAUCCAGGGCUCCUGCUGUCCAUCCCGAUGCUUCUCUAACCAGCAAUUCCAGAUUGUCUCCAACAUUGGGGAGAAAAUGGGCUCGAUAUGGAAGAAAUGGCCUGGCUUCAAUGACGAUUAUAACAUGGACCAUGAAUAUUUUGGGUUGGAAGUGCCACUCGGUAUGGAAUCACACUCCAAACUAAUGCUGCUGGCAGCCACUUUCUUGUUGAAUUACAUGUUCUUUGAAAUGAGCUGAUCAAUAAAAAGGUAAACUGACAUUGUUGCUACAGCGUCAGUGUGUGCUACAAUUGAUGAGACACACCAGAGGGUUCAGUUGAUGGUACAAGAGACCGUAUCAGUGAAUUGUAUUUAUAAAG